AUGAAGCGGACGACAGGCGUUAUUUUGUUCGCUACAGGGGCCUCGGCCUUCUACGCGGGCAAUAUCAACUACUUCUCGCCAUCACUUCAUCACCCAUCACUGGGAAUUUCGAUUCCCAAGGUUGCGGCACGGACGUAUCAGAGUUCACCAUGGAAGCCGGAGCAGCUCAACUUCACGCAUGGCGUUGCUUCCGGAGACCCGUACGAUGACAGCGUUAUUCUUUGGACCCGAGCGGCACCGCAGAUGGACAACGAUCACUCCAACACCACAGUCAGCGGAACCACAGGGCUAUUCAGCCAUGAAACCGAAGAGUUUGUAAAACUGAGCAAGGCCACAGUUUGCGUCGACUGGAAGAUUGCCGUGGAUGAGGAAUUCGAGAAAGUUGCGGAUGAGGGACGUGUCUGGACAAGUUCAGAUAUUGACUUUACUGUCAAGGUCGAGGCAAAGAGACUUUACCCGUUCACCACGUACUACUACCAGUUCAACAUUUGCGACUCGGAUAAGAGCUCGCCUGUUGGUCGGACAAAGACACUCCCGGCACGGGGCAAGAAAGUUCCCUCGGAUAUCAAACUUGCUGUGUAUUCGUGCAGCAACUAUCCCCACGGUUUCUUCAACGUGUUUGGAAAUACAGUGAGAAAGGACUCGGUAGACUUCAUUGUCUUUUUGGGCGAUUACAUCUACGAGUAUAAGAAUGGCCAAUAUGGCUGGGGUGAUGCUCUCGGCCGCGUCCCGCAGCCGGACCGAUUGAUCUUUACCCUCUACGACUACCGAAGGAGAAUUGCGACUUACCGUACUGACUUGGACUUGGUUGCCAACCACCAGCAGUUUCCUUGGAUUCAAGUCUGGGAUGAUCAUGAGGUGUCGGACAAUACUUGGCGUGAUGGAAGCGGCUUCCUCUCAAAUACCGAGGACUCUUUUAUCCGUGACGGCGGUGUAUCGACAGACAGCCGUAAGGCCAACGCCGUCCGAGCUUAUUUCGAAUGGAUGCCCAUCCGUCAGGUAGACAUGGACGACAAUCUGCGCAUCUGGAGAGAUUUCAAGUUCGGCGACCUAUUCGACCUCAUCAUGUUGGACACACGUCAAUAUGACCGGUCCAUCACCGAUCUCUACUCUAACGUCGAAUACAUCAAAGCCAUCUCCAACGACACCUCCCGCUCCCUGAUGGGCCCCCGGCAAGAAGCCUGGUUCUACCGCACCCUGAAACAAUCCUCCAAGCGCGGCACCAAGUGGCGGCUCAUCGGCAACCAGGCCGUCUUCAGCCAGCUGAUCGUCAGCAACGACAUGGACCUCCCCUUCAACUACGACGCCUGGGACGGCUACGUGGCCAACCGCAACCGCACCUUCGCGACCUUGUACGAGAACAACAUCACCAACAACAUCAUGCUGGCCGGCGACUCGCACGCCAGCUGGGUGUCCGAUCUCGUCUGGCUCGAUGGCCCUACGGGACAAGAAGAAUACGACCCCAUCACGGGCCGCGGAUCGAUCGGCGUUGAGUUCGCCGGCAGCGCCGUCACCUCGCCUUCUCCUCUUGGACAGAACACGACGAUGAAGAAGACCGAGGCCAACACGAAACUCCUGACGAGUGUGAAUAAGGAGUUGCAGUGGACGGAUCUGUACUACAGGGGCUACUAUGAGUUGAGCAUUGGGUAUGAAGGGGUGAAUGCGAGCUUCUUUGGCAGCCCGGAUAUUCGAAGCAGGAACGGGUUCGAGGUCAGUCUGGCCAACUUUACGGUUAGAGAUGGGGAGAAUCGAUUGGCGAGGUAUGGAGAGAACAAUGUUGCUAGUGUGGAUGGGAAGCCGGUGGAGUUUGGAAGUUUGCAGAGGGGAAAGACGGAGACGAGAAAUCAGACUUUUGAUACGGUUGAGAAGAAGUGGUUUGUGUUUGGGAAGAAGUGA